AUGAAGCAGCAGCUCCUCAACGAUAUGAUGGCUCACACCUUCCCCGCCCCAUCGCAGGGGCGGCGGGCGCUGAGGGCCUCUCUCCGCAGGCUGUUUGCCAUCGGGUCGCAGCUGUCCCCCGAGGUCGGGAGCUCCGGGAUCGAGAUGCUGGAGACUGACACCUUCAAGCUGCACUGCUUCCAGACCCUGACAGGGAUCAAAUUCGUGGUUCUGGCUGACCCGAGGCAGGCAGGGAUAGACUCCCUUCUCCGCAAGAUCUAUGAGAUUUACUCGGACUUUGCUCUGAAGAAUCCUUUCUACUCCCUGGAGAUGCCAAUUAGAUGUGAGUUGUUUGAUCAGAACUUGAAACUUGCUCUGGAGGUGGCAGAGAAAGCUGGACCCUUCGGACCUGGAUCGUAGAGGCGGCCUCACCAGCGCGUGGACUCCUUCCUCUGAAGAGCAGGGCCCCCCUCUUCCCAGCUGGCCUUUCCCGGAGCGCUCUCCUCUGCGGCAGAGACUGUGUAUCUCCAAAACAUGCUUCAUUAUCUCCCCAGACACCUUUUUAUCCCCUUUGUUAUGACAUUUACCUUAGACUGACUACUACUGUUUACAUUUGGCCACAGAGGCUUAUUCUGCUGUUGCAGCUCUGCUGCCCUUGAGUGAAGACAGAUGAGGUGCAGGUCCACGGUCUUACCCUGGUUGAUUGGUUUUUGUCUCGUAAUUGUACAUAUGUAUUUUUCCUGUAUAUCUCUAACAUGGUUUGGCAGAGAGUCUCUGAGUAGAAGUAAUAAAGGUGUGUGGCAGAGG